CGGUGCAUUUGAGGACACGCGGCGCCCAAUGAAUGAGCGGCCACUCUGACGAUGCUGCUGCCGCUCGACACGCCCCCAGCAGAGGAUACAACCAGCAGGAACAGGCGCUCAGGAGACGCGCACCCUCACUAUGCUGGAGUGUUUGAAGCCGCGAUGGGAGUUAACACAUGCAAGCGUGUAGAGUUCCUGUUACCAGCGUCGUUGCACGAAUCAAAGACCUUUGGCUUUUGUUGUUUUUGUUUUUCUCUCUCUCUUUAAAGGGGUUUGUCUGCAUUUUUUUUUUGCUCUGAGGCGUUUCUCUCACAGGAUGUUGAUGAUAUUGGAAAGCCGGGUAACAUCUUAAAGUCACUUCUCUCUGAUGAGAACGACCUCCUCCUCUUUACCACCACCACCACCACACAAAGGGAACGCGGAGCAAGUACUUUUUUCCCCCCCACACACGCGCUCUCAUUUAUUUUUAUGUUAUUUAUUAGUGUUAUUUUGAAAUCCGUCUGAACGCAGAGGCUGCUGUUUGAAAGACAAAAUGGAUCACUUUGCAGCAGAGUGCCUUGUUUCAAUGUCCAGCCGCGCGGUUGUCCACGCUCCUAAAGGGAAUAGAGAGAUUAAACCAGAAACCCCGUCCUCCUCCAGGAACGGAGAGGAGAUGAAGGAGCCUCUGGUGAAAGAUAACUCCUCACUGUUUGUGGUGGCGCGGAUUCUGGCGGAUUUUAACCAGCAGACUCCCAACAUUGUUGCCGAGCAGGCAAAAAUAAAGGAUGAGAACAUGCCGAACCUCAUGGAUGAUGAUGACGAUGAUGAUGGAAACUCUGCCACACCUACCACCAUCUCCGAUCCUGCGCUCAAACAAAGAGGCAAAAGAUCGAGAGGUCGAACAGAGCAAGAAUCACCUCAGAAAAAGCACAAAUGCCACUAUUCAGGUUGUGAAAAAGUUUAUGGCAAAUCAUCCCACCUCAAAGCUCAUCUAAGGACACACACAGGAGAACGGCCUUUCCCAUGUACCUGGCCAGACUGCAGUAAGAAAUUUGCUCGCUCGGACGAGCUGGCCCGCCAUUACCGCACCCACACGGGGGAGAAGAAGUUCGGCUGUCCGCUUUGUGACAAACGCUUCAUGCGCAGCGACCACCUGAUGAAGCACGCCAGGCGCCACUCCGAUUUCCAGCCUGGCAUGCUGAAACGGCCUCAUGGCGGCAGCAGUGGCACCACACGUCCCAGCUCCCUCAGCGACUACAGCCGCUCAGAUGCCUCCAGCCCCACCCUCAGCCCCACCCUCAGCCCAGCCAACUCGCCUUAAACUGAAAACCAGUCGCACUUUCAGCCUCUGACCUGUGAGGCCUGCGUUUUCAUCCUAACACUUGUGUUGCACAGUUGUCAGCAAACCCCCUUUGCUAUUCCUGCGCUUGCUGUGGUGUACCAUACUGUACAUAACUGCUUAUUGUAGUGCAAUUACUCGUGUGAUUCUAAAAGAAGGUAAUGCCUUUCCCAGAUGGCAAUAUUUACAGUCUGUACCAUAUGUCUGUAUUUUUAGCGUCAAAUGAUGGCUAGUUGUCCAAUGUACAUCCGCAGUCAGCUCAACAAGGUUCGGGAGAAAAAAGAAAACCGACGUCCUGACAGGUCUUAUCAUGUUUUUGUUGUUUUUUUUUGUUUUUUUUUUCUUUGUUUUUUGAACAGGUGAGGAGAAGGGGUACACACACAUACACCUCAGGAUCGAAGACAGUUGCUAUUCUGUAGUACCACAGUACUUCACAGUACUCACAUUGACUGCACAAUAUACUCAUCACUUUACUCUGAAAUUCAACAGUGGUUGAAUUUUACGCCCUGCUCAGGGAUGGCCUUGUUAGCUUGAAAGAAUGAACACAGUAAAGAGAAACAUACAGUACAUCUACAGCAGCCUUACACUCAACACAAUUUGCACUCUUUUUUUUUUUUUUUUCCCUUCCUGUCGGUUUUCACAUUCAAGGAAAUGUACACAACGUUUAUGUUCUGGUCUCCCUCGUGUUCUUGGGGAUUCAUAUGUAAUGUAAAUGCUGUGUCAUCAAACCCCCACAUCUGUUACUCCUCGUCAGUGUUCAUGGUCAGGUGCCAUUGCACUGGGUUUAAUAUAAGUUUUAUUUCAACAGCGUUGUGCAGUACAUACUGUGCAAAUCUGCACUGUGGUAGAAUCAAGAACCGUUUUUUUUUAUUAUUAUUAUUAUUGAUAUACUUCAGUAUAUCAAUAAAAGCUUUAGUUAAGUUUCAAAGCAGCUGUUAAUUCACCUUUUCCUGUAUAAAAGUGCUUUGUCAUCAGCCAGUAUUUUACACAAAAUGGACACAGAGGGACUGAAACAAUAUUUGUCCCUCUCUUAAGCACAUAGGAAAAAGAACCAAAGACAAGAGUGAAAGAAAGCUUUCUACUCAGUCUUGUAAGCCGCCCUUCAUCGAGGCCUGGGGCUUGUGGUUGGCAGUAUCACAGGUAGAACCAGACAGCCAGCUCACACCCCUCCUCCUGGCUUUGACUUUUGUGGCCUCUCUGGAGGAAACAGCUGCAUCCCACAAGAAGCCAUUCACAGCAUGCAAGGAGUCGAGCUAACGCGGGCAUUUUCAGGGGGUCGUCCCUCACCCACCUGGCUCUACCUGUCCCCUAUCAGAGAGGAGAGGAGCUCCAAGUCUGCGGAGGUGGGGCAUAGGGUUGCCUCACCUCAGAGGUCAAAUGUAGGCCAGUGUCAGGCAGAGUCAGGCUGGGCUGCAACGUGGUGGAGCACAGACCGAACAAAGCAGAUAUCUGCAAUAGACAGACAAGAGAGGGCAAGUCCUGAUAAAUGAGGAGAGGUUUAUCAUGAGCUGAAAAGCAUAGGGGAGGAGACACCCAGUUGCAGACCUCCCCAUAUCCUCCUCCUCCCCCUCCUCCUCCUCCCUCCCUCCAACUGUAGGAACUGUGAGAAUUGCUGAGUUUAUGAAAAACAGGACUACCUAGAUUUCCACCUCCAUCCUAAGCACAGGUAGUAAACCCUCUCAGUCCUUCCUAAGAGUCCGAUAUCACCAUGUUAAAAAUGCAUACCAGUGAACCUGAGUUCUCCAACAGCUGCUUUCAAACUUCUCUCUCGCAAACAAGGGGGCUUUUAAACUGUUGUAAAAACAUCUGUACCAAAAUGAACAUAUCAGCAAAAAGUGCAGCGCUCGUCAGCCUCACGCUGUCCUGCCUAUGAAGCUCACACGUCCCCGUGAGAAAGCUGACUUGUGUUUUCUACACAGACAUGCCUCAAUAAGUCAGGCACAGCAAACCUUCCAUGGAAACAGUCACUGCUAUCAAAACUGCUGCAGCCCCGCCAGUCUGUGUUAUGCCUACAUGUUCUCUUACCGCCUCAACUUUAUGGCUGGAAACGGCUCCCUGCAUGCGUAGUGCCAUCCUGUCAGACCCCCCCGCAGGCUGUAAAGUCAGCACGCGAGCGUCGUUUCACCGACACGUCGUCCAACUCUCACCCAGCAAAUCCACUAUAUGCAUGCUAACAACUCUGCCCUGAAAGCCCGGAGUGAUUUCUGAGGCGGCGUGGCAGGUGUACAUUUAUGAAUGGCAGGCCUUGUCCCUUGGUCUUCAAGGCGGCCGUCUCGCUUUUAACGCUUGCGGAGAAUCAGCUCUGCCACAUCCCCCGAGAAAGAAAAACACCCCUUAUGUAGAUUGAGUUUCCUCAAAACACCACGUUGUUACAAAAUAAACCCCCUUUUUUAAAGAUGUUAAGUAAAGUUGACAGUUUGAAUGCCACAGAUCAGCAGCUCUUUUACUUUCACCAUUAAAAGAAAACAAACACACAACAAAACUUGGAUAAUUGCUGUUGAGCAGCUUUUUGUGGUAACUAUCCAUAUUUUGUUUUUAUAUACAUAUAUAUAUAGCUAUAUAUAAAGUACAUUUCUGACUUGAUUUGUAGUGUAACUCUAUCUUGCAAAACAAAAACCGAAUGGCUCACCCUCAGCAGGUUUCAUGACUAACUUUUUAAAUCCAUUCUCUGCACAUUUACCUCAGGGUCGACAUCCGUGGAGCAGAAAUGGGACCGUUUAUAGAUUCUGUUGAAACAUGAGUUGCUGCACACAAAAUGUCCGCCAGUCUCCCGUGGUGUUCCUGCGUGCUUAGUGCUCACUGCUGGUCAGUGUCCGACCACACUGGAAACACAGGAACGCCUCUGUAUGGGCCUCUGUAUCUCCUGCCUAUUCUGUCUGCGUCGCAUCCAACAGCCCUGCUACAUAUGCCUUAGUAAGCACUGGGCACUCUGGACGCUGUUUUCAGUGAGACGAAACGCCCCUUUAAAAACUCAGACCUUCAGCGUCGUGGACUUACAUGACAGUAGGCAACAGGAAGCCCGUACCGUCUGACCGUAGACUGAGUGUGACAGUGUAGACGUCCAAGUCUAUCCAUCCAUUCAGACUGCACCGACGACAUUCAGGAGUGUCUCAUAACUUUCAUCCUCACUGUACCAAAUCUACUUGAAUAACUCAACACAAUAGGCCAUUGAACACAAUUUUGUAUUUGUCCAUAUUUUUUUUUUUUUUACUGUACUUGCUUUUGUUAUCAAAUAAUUAACCUCUUUGGGGAAAUAUAUAUAGUUUGUUCUUGUGUUAAAUAUUUCUCUCUUGAUUUACCAUUGUCUUCAGGUCAUUUCAGCGUGUUUUUUUCUUUUCAUUUUUAUCACAGCAUUAAGGUGGACUGUUCUUUAUCCCGUGCUGUUAAAAGGCACCGGUUUUGCUUAAAUACAGUAACAACAUUUUCACCCCUUUAACCAGAAAACACUUUAAUGCUCUUUUGAUGUCAGGAUGCUGGUUCUUCUCGUAAACCUGCCAUCCACAGUGUCAGAAACUUAAAGGAGUGUGUGGCGAUCGUGAUAAGAAAAGGGAACUUCCUGACCUCUAUGUACAUUUGAUUUCCUUUUUUAUUUUCUUUUUACGUUAUUUUUCAAGGAUUUCCACAAGGAUAGAGACCACAGCAUUGUGAGUUAGCAAUGUAGUCAUGAUGAUUUUAGGUAUUUCUGUUUUUGCUUCAGAAAAUGUUGUUGUUUGUUUUUUUAAACCAUACCUCUCGAAAAUAUUCGACUUGUGUUGUACCUUCAUAUCUUUUUUUUUAAGCAUCCAUCAUGUAGCUUACAUUGGCUUAAUGACUAGCACAAAUAACUGGUGGUUUCUAUUUGUCCCUACUUGAAUGAAGAAGGAAAGACUUUUUCUGUAAACAAACAAACAAAAGUAACAACAACAGGAAUACAAAAACACUGGGUUGCAUUUUUAUAAACUCACCCCAUGUUGUCAGGGUCCUGCACAUCUUUUAAAAUUCUGGGAAAAAAAAAAAGAAUAAUCAUAUAUUUUUUAUUUUAUGUUCCAAAACUAUUUAAACCAUAUUUCCCUACUGAGCUCCACAUUUCUGUUUCAGUUCAAAUAGUUACUGUGUUCGGAAUGAUGUCGAAAUCUGAAUGGGUUUGAUCCUAUUUCAGCAUUUUUCAAACAACUUACUGAUUGUACUGUUUCAGCAUCUGUCGAGAGAGAACAAAGGACGAAGGAAAAGUGGAAAAACAACAUGAUACACGUGUACCAGUCCAUCUUUUCUCCUCAAAUUGUAAAAAAAAAAAAGAAAAUAAAAAACAAGGAAUAAAAAAAUAAUAAUACAGUAGAGAGAACUGAUUGUUGCCUAGUAUGUAAAGAACUAACAUUUAUAUUAUUUAAGAGGUUCAUAUUAAUGACAUGAAUAUAUCAGUGAUGAGACUCAUCUCAGCUCAAAUCUUUGUGACUGAUCACAAUGUAAAAGCAUGAUUGCUGCAAUUGUGUGCCAAAACCAUAAUGGUAGCUUCAUAAAGAUGAUACAAAUGUUUAGGAUAACAAAAAAAAACAAAUCUAGCUAUUAUCAGACAUUUAAUAAACUUGUACAGUUUUAUACAGUGUGACAUGUAUUUUUUUUCUUAUGUUGUGUACAGAAUUGAUUGAAGCGACUCUGCAUAUUUCAUGUGCAGCGGCUCUAAGUUAAAUAGUUCUUUCUGACUGUGUUGAUUUGUUUUUAUUUGGUUGUUGUUAUUUAAUUUCCCUUCUGUUUCUUUGCUGUACACUACUCAAGCGAUGUAAAAAAACAAAAAACAAACAAAAAAAGCUUAUUACUGGUAUUUUUUCUUUUUUUCUUUUUGGACAUUAACGACUUUAAUGAUAACGAACGCCCAACCAUUCCAAAGGAUUGAACAAUUGCAUUUGUUAUACAUGUGCUGCUUACAUCAAACUGAUGCUUCUUUGUAGGUAAUGAAUAGAAGUUUGUCUCGACUGUGAGGUUUUACACGUUGUGAGUUGUGCACAAGGUACGUCUCUCAUUGUCGACAUUUCCCAGGUUUAAUCUCUCCUUUCUUCUCCGCGGGCUCUUUGUGCAGGCUAAGCCAAGUCAAACCAACACCACACAUGCAAUAUUUUUUAAAGAAUUACGGACGUACAGAGCGUGUCCUCCCUCAUGACAAAGGCCCGAAGGUGGGAAUAAUGUUUAAAAGCAGCCAUUUAAGCGCUGGAUGGUUGAGCCCCGAGCCCCUGAGUACUCCCAGCUCACCAGCGGCUCCACACUCACGAGUUGUUACCAAAGGCUUUGAAGGGAAAAUGAAUGUUGCGGUAAUGUUGAGCCAAAUCCGGUUUGAAAGCCUGGCUUCAACUUUACAUGCUGUAAGUGUUGAUCGGUGGAUGUUGUGCUUGGUAUGGACCUUUUUUCUACAAGAAAAAAAAAAAUCGCUUGAAUGAACAAACCCAUUUAAUUAAUACAGGAGCAGAAGGAAACGAGUAAAGGACGAGAAACUAAAGAGACUGAGUGAUAUUCGUCAGUGCCCUUAAACUGACCUCGUGCUCUCGCUCAACUGCCACAAGUGACACUGUGCUGAGUUGGCUCUUGAAAAGAAUCCCAACAAAAGUCUUUUUACUCAAGUGAUUUUACCCCUGAAAGGAUGUUUUUUUUCUGCUGUUUCACAUUAUGUAGCACACAGUGCUGUCAGUGACCUCUCUCUGAUUACAAAGGGCCUUUUGGUUCCGUUUCCUGUGCUGUUUGUCUUCAGUGUACCUCCCUACAGUGUACCGUUGCUCUCUCGACACCUCCGUGUGUUUCUCCUCUGCCCAUCACCAUCAGUUGCCUGUUGUAGUGACUCCAUGGUGCUGCUCUCCCUCUCAGCGCCAGUAAAAUCUAAUCUGUAAAUAUCUCUUGACUCAGCUAUGGCCAGUACAUUCUUCUAUGACCUCACUCUAACCUUCAGGUGUCAUUUUGUUUUUCUCUCACAGCAAACCAAAAUCACUGCAUUCAAGUAUUACAGUUGUACAGUUGCUUGGAUUCCACACAACUUUUCAUGUGCUGGUCUAUAGCUGCUUUGCUGUUCUUUUUUAUGGCAUUACUUUUUUUACAUGUUAGAAAAUAUAUUGUGACCAUGUCCUAUGCAAAUAUGAAAAAUAACAGAUGGUUGAAUAAUGUAUGUUGUCAUAACUUGUAUGCAUGAAAUAGUGAAGUUUACAUUUGGAAAUAAAUUCAUAAAAUAAGCAGCAAA